AUGUCGCAUCAAGAGAACACCGAGAAUGUCCCUGACGAACACCGCGUUCACAGGACCGGCUCCUGGCUCCCGGCAGACCACCGCGUCCACAAGAAAUGGUUGGCGGGCAUCAUCGAGCGCGUGGAAAACAACUCUCAAGAGCUGCAUCCUGUGUUGCGAGAGUUCAAAGACCUGAUUGAAAACAACACGCGCAUCUACAUUCUGAUCAACUCCAUGUUUGAGGAGAUACCUACGAAGAAACCGUACAAGAGCGAUCCCGUGGGCCAUAAGCAGGUUCGCGAUUACCAUCAUAUGCUGGAGUUGUUCAACCACAUCCUCACAACGGCGCCUGAGUGGAGCGAUCACGAGUCCUCUGUUGGAAUGGUAGGAACGCCAUUCAACGCUAUCCUCGACUGGCCGAUGGGCACGCCAUCUGGAUUCGCCUUCUUCUUAGAUCCAGAGGUCAACAAGAUGAUCAAGAAGGUCCUCAACGCAUGGGCAGAGUUUCUGAACUCACCAUCGUCAGCAUACGUGCUUAGUGACGAUAAGAUCGGCUGGCUCAGCGAUCACGGCACUCACGAUCUGGCAUUGACAGCCAAUGUUGGCCAAACGUCUUAUGCUUUCGAAGAGUUCUUCCACUGCGACCCGUCUAGAAAGCACCAUGGGUACAAGUCUUGGGACGACUUCUUCACGCGCCAUUUCCAAGAAGACAAGCGGCCCGUCGCCAGUCCUGACGACGACAGUGUUAUUGCCAACGCUUGCGAGUCAAAAUCCUACAAGGUGGGACGUAACAUCUCCAAGCGCGAUCGUUUCUGGGUGAAAGGUCAACCUUAUUCACUCAUGGACAUGCUCGCUAUGGACCCAUUGCACGAACAAUUCAUCGGUGGCACUAUCUACCAGGCCUUCCUUUCCGCGCUGAGCUACCAUCGCUGGCACGCGCCCGUUAGCGGUAAGGUGGUCAAGUCAUAUCUCGUUGAAGGUACCUACUUCUCCGAGCCGCUGUUUGAAGGUCUUGGUGACCCCUCGGCUAAGGGCGACAUCGACGAGGGAGGCGAGAAAACAGCCCAGGGUUACCUGACCGCUACGGCUACGCGCGCUAUCAUCUUCUUCGAAGCUGAUAACAAGGAUCUUGGCUUGGUGUGCUUCAUGGGCAUUGGAAUGACUGAGGUCUCGACAUGCGACACCACCGUCAAGGAGGGACAGCACGUCAAGAAGGGGGAUGAGAUUGGCAUGUUUCACUAUGGCGGAAGCUCGCACUGUGUGAUCUUUAGGAAGGGUGUGGAGUUGGAAGGGUUUCCGGAUACGCAGAACGCUGAGCACAAUGUGCCUGUAAGAUCGAAGCUGGCCUCUGUCAAGAAGAUCACUUGA